AUGGACCCCGCCAGGAGACCAAGCACCCCAGCGAUGAUCUGGAAGGCAGGCUGGCUGCUGCUGCUGCCCUUACUGCUCCAGGAAGGGGCGCGGGCCCUGGAGUGCUACAGCUGCGUGCAGAAAGCGGACGACGGGUGCUCCCCGCACAAGAUGAAGACAGUGAAGUGCGCGCCAGGCGUGGACGUCUGCACCGAGGCCGUGGGAGCGGUGGAGACCAUCCACGGGCAAUUCUCCGUGGCAGUGCGGGGAUGUGGCUCGGGGCUCCCUGGGAAGAAUGACCGCGGACUGGACCUUCACGGCCUGCUGGCCUUCAUCCAACUGCAUCAGUGCACCCAGGACCGCUGCAAUACCAAGGUCAACCUCACCACACGAGCGCUCAAUCCUGCAGGCAAUGAGAGCGCGUACAAGCCCAACGGCGUGGAGUGCUACAGUUGCGUGGGGCUCAGCCGCGAGGCGUGCCAGGGUAAGGCGCCACCCGUCGUAAACUGCUACAAUGCCAGCGACCAGGUCUACAAGGGCUGUUUCGAUGGCAACGUCACCUUGACGGCAGCCAACGUGACCGUAUCCUUACCCGUACGGGGUUGUGUCAAGGACGAGUUCUGCACCCGCGAUGGGGUGACAGGCCCGGGGUUCGUGCUCAGUGGUUCCUGCUGCGAGGGCUCCCGCUGCAACUCCGACCUGCGCAAUAGGACCUACUUCGCCUCCCGGAUCCCUCCUCUGGUCCUGCUGCCCCCUCCCCAAACCACCACCCCAGCCCAGACCACCCCUGUCACCACGGCCACCCCAGCCCCAACCACUGCCUCCACCACUGCCAAACCCAGCCCAGCGACCCCCAGCCCGACUCCCCGGAAGGAGACAGAACCUGAGACCUUCCAGGAAGAGGGGUUCCACUUGGCUGCCGGUGCUGCUGGCCACCAGGACCGCAGUAAUAUGGGGCAGUACCCCACAAAAGGUGGGGUCCAGGAUUCCACUAGUGGCUCUAAGGCUCCCGUGGCUGGACUGGUGUCUCUUCUGUUAGCUGUGGCUGCUGGCGCCCUGCUUUGAGUUUCUCUAUCAGGGACCUCCGCACCUUGCCCUACUUCCUGGGCCCUGGGCACCCCGCUCCCCGUUCCCCACCCCUGUGCCUGCGGCAGUGGACUGGGCUGGCCCAGCCCCUGUGUUUAUUCUUUUAAUUUCCCCGAUCCGCUCAGUUUCUGCUGCGCCGGUUUGCAGCGUUGGGAAAUAAAGUUACGAUUGUGUUUUAAGCUUGCCAGGGUCUUCCCGACUUUUGAGGGCAUAUGCACUGUGCCCCCCUCUCCUUGGUCUCUCUCGCUCACCCCUUCGUGGUGCCCCGAGACAGAGUGAGAGAAGGCAGGGCUGUCGCAGGGAAGGAGGGAGGGCCAAGAAUGUCCUUCCUAUUUGCUUUCUCUCACAGCCUAGAGGGGAAGCUCCUCCUCUGCUCACUGCUGGCCCCUGCACCCCCUCUUUGUGGGAGUGGCUUCCCACCCAGCCUGUCUCCUUGGCUAGACUGUGAGCUCCUCAU